ACGAGACCGUAUGUAUACACAAAUAAACGGCACGUAUUUUUAUUUGGCGUGAACAAAACAGCAUGGCUGAAACUUUACUAGGAACCAAAAUGGAUUCUGCUGAUUCCAAGGCACUGUCUCCGGCUGUCCUGGAGGAGGUGGAGACCGAGAAACUGAACAAGGUUUUCCUGAUCUCGGUACAGGAGGGUGAUCCACUCCCUCUCAUUAAGGAGGAAUUAAAAUAUUUUAUACAAUCGCGGAGGUUAGCGGACGGAAAAGAGGAGCUCAACGUUUACUUUCAUCCUCCACAGAAACCACAGCUCGAGGAAGAGGAUAAAACUAAACUAAAGAAAAGACGUGAACAGAAUAGGAAUGCGGCUCAACGAUUCAGGAACAAACGAAAAACAAAGAAAGAAAGUAAAGAACAGGAGCUAGAUUUUCUGAAUUCCAGAAAUAACGAACUGCGUUCUCAAGUUGAAGACUUGGAGCGGGAAGUGCAUAUAUACCGGCAAUACAUGUGUCGUGGUUUCUCUCAGGAUGGGAUACAUAUAGACAAUGUUCUCCCAAAAUGACAAUAGAGACUCUAUUACGGACUCGAAGAAAGGAUGGACCGCACCCGCAAUAUGCAAAAUACAUUAAUGGGUGAAAGGGCGCGCGGAUUUCCCCAGAAGCAGGAAACGCUCGACCUGCACACAGCGACAGUGUGAGUUUCAGUACAAGAUCAAUGACUAUUUUUGUCUAUGAUUUCGACUUGUGGUGAAGAAACAAGGAAACUAUUCCUCAAACACGACACCAAGAAUGAUUGGAAUAUUUUCAACAUGACAGACAUAUAGGUCGUAUAUUUCUACACUGAUCAACCUGAUACAAGACAGGCUCCGUGUGUUAAAUGUGUUCGUUUUGAUACAUGAUAUAUAUAUGUUGGUCUCUAUCAUCGAUAUUUCAUUGUCAAUCAUUUUAUUAAAAAGCUCAUUCCGUG